AUGGCACAGAAAACUCCAGAAUGUUUCAAAUAUGGCAGCCUUGUCUUGCUGACACUACAGAAUGCUGUCCUGAUUCUUGUCAUGCGCUAUGUUAGGACACGAGAGGGUGACAUGUUUGUUGCAACUACAGCAGUCAUUGUUUCCGAGGCUUUAAAGUUAGUUGCCUGCCUUAUCCUCAUCCUAAUCCAGGAAGGAAGUGUCCGAAGGUGGCUGAAACUGUUGUAUGCUGAUAUCAUUCUUGAACCUGUAGACUGCAUUAAAGUUUCAGUACCAUCCUUGAUAUAUGUGCUUCAGAACAAUCUGUUGUACAUCGCUGUUUCAAACUUAGAUGCUGCUACAUUCCAGGUCACAUAUCAGCUGAAGAUUUUAACAACGGCCAUUUUCUCUGUUGUGAUGCUGAAGAAAUUACUCAGUAGACUACAGUGGAUGUCUUUGGUGAUUCUCUUUUUGGGUGUUGCCAUUGUCCAGAUGCAGCCAGACAAUGUCACCAAGUUAGGUUUAGUUGUAGAGCAGAGCCCAGUCAAGGGCCUCACAGCAGUUAUAAUCUCCAGCUUCAUGUCUGGGUUUGCUGGUGUCUACUUUGAGAAAAUCCUAAAGGGAACCAGACAGUCUGUGUGGUUGAGGAAUGUCCAGCUGGAUGGAGCUAAAGUUCAUGAAAAGGGAUUCUUCAAUGGCUAUGAUGGUGUGGUCUGGUUUGUUGUCUGCCUGCAGUCAUUUGGUGGGCUUCUUGUUGCAGUUGUUGUAAAAUAUGCUGACAAUAUAUUGAAAGGUUUUGCUACCUCAGCAGCCAUUAUUGUAUCAUGUGUGGCAUCAAUGUACUUCUUUGACUUCCAUCUGUCGAUUCAGUUUACCAUUGGAGCUGCUCUAGUUAUGAUUGCUGUAUAUGUUUACAGUAAGUAUGUGCCUCACCAGACUGAUGUACUGCCAUCUGCAGUCACUAGGAAAUUGUAA